AUGUUCCGACUGGUAGGGAAACUGAUGCUGGAUUUGGUUUCCAGUGUCACCACCAGCAGAGAAACUAACGAAGAUAAAAUUAACCGCCUGGAGGCACUGAUCGAAGAUACCGUCGACGAUAAUCAAGAGGACGAAAAAGGUAAAUCGGAGCAGCAAUUGAAGGCAGAACAGAAUACCCCAACGAACUGUUACCAGCAAGCAGGUUUCGUAACGAAGGUGGAAGCAAAUUAUAUAAUUAUUGACGAGACUCUUUACGUUGACAAGAAGGUUCUGAGGGAAUGUUCAUUCCAACAUCAGAUUGAAGUCGGGGUUAAGAUUUCCUUCCUGGCGUACAAAACCUCUGACGAAGAUCCAAUCAAAGUUGUUAAAUUGGAAGAACUUCUCAGUGAAACAUGGGGAGAAACACGAGAAAAGCCAGAAACUAAGGAUGAGGAGAACAAGCGACUGGUGAGCGAAAUCAACCCCACUUACUUCAAGUACAACCAACGCAGUGAACAGGGAACAGUGUCUGCGAAACGCCGUGGAUUGCUGACCGUGGAGACCGAACAAGCGGACCACUUGGUUGAAUUGGACAACCUCAAGAUGACAUUCAUUCCGGAAGUUGGUGAUUGCGUUGUACUCGAUUGCCUAAUGCAGAUAGACGAAUCGUAUUUCGAUACUCGGGGCAACAUUCUUGAAGUGCGUGGAAUAGCGCCGACAAGACUUAUACAAGGUACCGGAAUGGUUACGUCAUGCGACCAGGAAGGAGGGGAAAUUCGUACGGACGAUGGCAUUUACCGGUAUCUUACCGAUGUGUGCGAAACCGGAACAUCUCCUGGCACAGGGGACAAGGUUAUAUUUGAAGCUGUCGAAAAUUCCCUGCUGAAUUACCGGUGUAUUAAGGUUGUCAUCGAAACCGUGGCAGUUCGCUCUGUCGAUAAUAAUAAGGAAGAAACAAAAUCAAAAUACGAUGAAGAAUUUUUCCUGGACAAACGUGGUAUUAAAAUUACCGAUGAUAUAAAGGUUAGGCUGGAAGACUUGAACCAGCAGCAAAAAGUUGACGUACUGAUACGCAAUGAGAGUGAACACCAGCACAAGCUGUUGCGUUCAGUCUUCAUGUCCAACAAGCAAACAUCCCAAAUGCGACUGCUACAUCCGAGAACAACAGACACGACUUUGCUGAAGCCUGGCGAAUCCGUUACGUAUAGUUUCGAAAUCAAAGCCACCAAUUUCGGCACCAGUAAAGAGGUAUUCAUGUGGGCUUUCGGUGGAGGUUUCAAAAUCGCACGUUACUUCACGAUUAUGGUUGGCGACGCGGAAACAGCGGCCAUACAGAACGUAAAUGAAGGUACGACUAAAGCCCGUAUGGCUGCUGGGAAUCAACGAUUGGCAGCAUGGAACAUUUACAAACGUGGUGGUGAGGUUAUGCCGGGUCAAAAUAUUAGCAAAAAAGCUAAUUUCAUCGAUAUAAAAAUAGGCGGUUACCACGUCCCAGACGACCUUAAGCAGAUUUUAUUGAAUCCAUCUGCCAGUAGAACACAGAUUGAUGAAGAAUUGGACCAAACUCAGCGUUGUCUGCAACGUCAGCUCUGCCCUGAAAACUAUAAAGCUGCUUUCAAAACAUUGCUAUGGAUGGAAGACGUUCAAUGCGAAAUAUCGAUCACCAGAUUUAACCUGGAUAGAGCACACUUCAGUCGGGAGGAUACUUAUCUUGUUUUGCGAAUGGAAAACAUUGGCGAAUCUAGGCCAUCAUUGAUACCUGGUGAUAGGCUUGUUGCGACCGCACCUUGGAUUAGUACGAACGAGGUUGGUAAUGGUGCGGUCAUUCAUAAAGUGCUGAAACAUAAAAUAUUGGUAAAAUUCAACGAGCACUUCCACGAGAAGUAUAACGGAGAGGAUUAUAAAAUUAUUUUCCAAGCAUCGAGAGGAGCAUUCCAGAAGCAACAUCAUGCGAUUAAUUGUGUCACAAGCACGAUGGGUGUCGAUUAUCUGUUUCCCACAAAAAUAGACACUCGUCCGCCGUGGAUGGAUGUUAAACUGAAGGAAGAUGGAACCCUGGCUAGUUCGGAAUUCAACAAUGAAUUUGAAUGGUAUAAUACAAAGCUAAAUCAUAUCCAGAAGGAUGCUAUAAAGAACAUCCUCCGGGCGGAGGCUAGACCAUUGCCAUAUGUUAUUUUCGGACCUCCAGGUACCGGUAAAACUAUGACCAUAAUAGAGCUCAUCCAUCAGAUCGUGAAAUUGUCAGCCAAUAGCCGCAUCAUGGUUGGAACACCGUCAAACAGUUCAGCAAAUUUGAUCACCGAACGGUUGAUUGAAUGCAACGUGUUGAAACCGGGGGAUUUCAUUCGAAUCGUUGGGCUGAAUUAUGUGGAACAGGAGCUAGUUCCUGAGCACUUGGCGCCAUAUUGCGGCACCGUUGACAUUGCUUCGGAAAGAACAGUUAAGGGAGAGCUUAUUGUAACUGAAUCCGGUUUGAAACAUAAGUUACAACUGAAGCAUCUAGGCCGACACAGGAUCACCAUCGGCACUUGUGUUACGUUGGGAACGUUGAUGCAAAUUCGCUUCCCCAGGAAUCACUUCACCCAUGUGAUCAUCGACGAAGCGGGCCAAUGCUUGGAAACCGAAACACUGAUUCCAAUGACGUUCAUAAAUAAACAUUGUGGGACCGUAGUUCUAGCAGGGGAUCCAAUGCAACUUGGUCCCGUUGUAAUGAGUACUCACGCACAAUCCCGCGGAUUCUGUACAUCUCUUCUGGUGCGUCUGAUGGAUACACCCCUUUACAAAUCGGACAAGACUCGAUUCCCCGAUACUGGUGGUUUCAAUCCACGAUUGGUAACCAAGCUUAGAUAUAACUACCGAUCGUUGCCCUGCAUUCUCGAUCUGUACAGUGAAUUGUUUUAUGAAUCUUCCCUAAUUGCGCGCGUUAAUGGCGAUGACAGUAACGAAUCCAAGUUGCUCGAAUCACUUUCCAAUGUGCUACCCAUUCAGUCAGUCCACAAGCCCAAUUAUGGUUUCAUCUUCUGGGGUGUGAACGGUGUCAACAAACAAACUCCCGAAAGUCCCUCCUGGUUCAAUCCGUCGGAGGCGAAAAGUGUGUUCAACUUCCUGCUGAAGCUCUACAAGAAAGGCGUUCGACCGGAAGACAUUGGCAUUAUCACACCGUACCAACAGCAGGUCAAGACAAUUCGGCGCAUUCUGGAUGAAAGUAAUUUGCAGAAACCAAAAAUCGGAAGCGUGGAGGAAUUCCAAGGCCAGGAGCGUAUGGUGAUUAUUAUAUCUACUGUGCGAACUUCGAAAUCGCUGCUGCAAAGCGACCAGCAGCAUGCACUUGGUUUCAUUGCCAGCCCAAAGCGCUUGAAUGUGGCCAUCUCCCGUGCACGGGCGCUGCUUGUGAUCUUCGGUAGCCCUCAUCUGCUGUCAGCGGACAAACACUGGCGAAAUCUGUUGUUCAGGGCGAUUAAUUCCGGUUCGUACUGUGGGUGCGAUCUUCCCGAGCAUAUUGAUCCCACGGAGCCAGCGCUGAAUGGCGACGCACACAAGGAGGAGUGAACUAUUGUGUAACGGUUGGAGUUUGAUUACUUAUAAACGCGGGUUCGUAUAUGCUACAUCCGAAUACCUCGAACGAACUGCAGUGUAUCGUAUUAUUAUGAGAUGUAUCAUUUCUGAAUUUAAUUUUUAUGUUUGAAACAAAUAAAAUAAAUGAGAUUAAUUUUAAA